GAGGGCCGGGCCGGCGGAGCCGCGGCGCCAGCAGCUGUCGGCGGGGGCGAUGCGGAUGGCGGCCGGUGCGGCAGCGGGCGAGGGGGCAGCGCAGAGCCCCGGGCCCGGGCCCGGCCCCGCCGCCGUGUCGCUGGGCCUGAGCGUGGCCGUGGUGUCCAGCCUGGUGAACGGCUCCACCUUCGUCCUGCAGAAGAAGGGCAUCGUGCGGGCCCGCGGGAGAGGUACUUCAUACUUGACAGAUAUAGUAUGGUGGUCUGGCACUAUUGCAAUGGCUCUGGGUCAAAUAGGGAAUUUCUUGGCCUACACUGCAGUCCCAACUGUGUUAGUGACUCCCUUGGGAGCACUUGGCGUUCCAUUUGGGUCCAUUUUAGCUUCUUACUUGCUGAAAGAAAAACUGAACAUUCUUGGCAAGCUGGGAUGUUUGCUGAGCUGCGCUGGAUCUGUUGUUCUCAUCAUCCACUCCCCAAAGUCUGAGAGUGUAACAACUCAGGCUGAGCUUGAAGAGAAGCUAACAAAUCCAGUUUUCGUGGGUUAUCUCUGCAUAGUACUGCUAAUGCUUCUCCUGCUUAUCUUCUGGAUAGCUCCAGCUCAUGGACCUACUAAUAUCAUGGUUUACAUCAGCAUUUGCUCUCUCUUGGGCAGUUUCACUGUUCCCAGCACAAAAGGCAUUGGGCUGGCUGCUCAAGAUAUCUUUCACAAUAACCCAUCGAGUCAAAGGGCUCUGUACCUCUGUCUGGUACUUCUGGCAGUAUUAGGAUGUAGCAUUAUCAUUCAGUUCAGAUACAUCAAUAAGGCACUGGAAUGUUUUGACUCCUCUGUGUUUGGAGCCAUCUACUACGUUGUGUUUACCACUCUAGUCCUGCUGGCUUCAGCUAUCCUUUUCAGGGAAUGGAGUAAUGUAGGAGUGGUAGAUUUCUUGGGAAUGGCAUGUGGAUUCACCACAGUAUCUAUUGGAAUUGUUCUUAUACAAGUCUUCAAGGAAUUCAACUUCAAUAUCGGAGAUUUAAAUAAACCUAACAUGAAGACAGAUUAAAAUAUUUUUUGAGGGGAAACUGGAUGGCUCAGGGAAUGAUACAGAGCCUUUCAUUUCUAGGUCACUGAUUCAAAUAUGAUUCAGGUUGGUAGUUGCCCUCUGACGAUUUGGUGGCCUACAUGAAAUGAAUUGGAGGCCUCCAUCCAGUUUCAAAGGAGCAGUUGUCCAUGUACCCCAGUCAACACAAUAAAUGACCUUAAUUGGAACCGUUGAUUGAGUCAGCAUAGGGACCGAUGUAUUUCCUUACUGUAAAGGGUGAUCCGUCAGAAAAGAUUUGUGGGUAUCCUGACAGACCUGUGUGUGAAUGCUUGUGUUAUGGUGGCUGAUGUGGGUAGAGAACAUCAGUUCCUAAUGCGCUCAAUCUGAUACCUUUCAUGGGUGAUGCAUACCUUAAAAAUAAGGGGGGAGGGGGAGGCGAGUAGAGCAAUUUGUUAAUACUGCAAUGUGUUCACCGUCAAGGCUGUGAAUUCUGAGACAAACAUUGGCUGAACUGUGGACUGCAGAUUUGACCUUUUUAGUGACUGUCUUAGCAGCGUGGUCUGCCAUGCGGUGAAGACACUGGGGAGUUUUAAAUUGAAUUCUUUACACAGAGCAGUGGACCCUUAAAAUCCUUCACUAUUUCCUUAUCAGCUGAUGGUAGUGUCCAGGUAUGCAUUUUUCUUUGUAACAUGUGCAUUAAGACAUACCGCAUUCACCUGAGAGUUUUUAAUUGGGAGCAGACAGAAAGACUGUGAAGGAUGUGGAAAUGAUCACAGACUCAUUGCCUAUAUGGUGGCUUAUUUGUAAGCAGCUCAGAACUAUUUCAGUGCCUUUGUAAUCCAAAAAUACUGCAUAAAUGUGAAUGUAUUUGUUUCAGAUGGCCUACAUUGGUUUAAUAAUUCAGUUUCACUGUCUAUAAUACUGUAUUCAAAUUCUAAGCAUGUAAAGCAUUCAGAAGGAGCCAUGUAUUUUUGGCAGAAUUCAGAAACGUGAAUUGAAACUCUUAGAUGCCUUGACAGCUUCUUAAAAAAAACGUAGUCAUAAUGGGAAGAGGUAACCUACAAGAGGGCAAUUCAAAGAUGACCAACAUACCUUGAUUCUAGUGAAGUGACUAGACAGGAAACCAUUUUGUGAAGUAGUUAAUAAGCAGCAAAAACAAAAUAAAUGUUUAGAAGACAAAAGAGAAUGAGAUUUCUCAGAGCUCAGAAGAAAAGAUGGCCUCAUCCCCUUAUAAUGUGGGAAAAGCAGUCAAAGACUGAAAAAGCAUAGGCAUUCAGAGAGCUAAGUUUCAGGAAAACAACAGGAACAUAGAAUCAGAUCUGCUGACUUACAGACCUGUGUGAAUAGUUCAGCAAUAAUAUUUUGACAGGUAGUAUAAAAUAGGUUAAGCUGUGAUUGGAAUGAUUCUGAACUGUUUAGUUUAAACCUUUUAAAGAAUAUUGGUAUUUCCAAAAAAUAGUUAACUUUCAUGUUGUGUUUAUAUUUGUUAGUUAAAAUACCACGAGUCAAAAAAUUGUAAGGCAAGCUUGAAAAGUAAUGAAUGUUACCAUUUUAAGUACAAAAAUGGAAAUUGUACAGUGGAAGUCAACACCUCUAUGUCAGGAUGUCUCUUGAACAAACAAACAAAACACAAAGUGAUUAUGAGACUGUUUGAGAAAGUUCAUGACACCUUAUCAAGAAAUCAUCAAUCUAGCUUUGUGGCUGGCUGAGGGUAAUGCAGAUGUUGAUUAAUGGGGAGUAAUAGUGUCUACUCUCAUGAAGUGUUUUUUUGACUUGAAUUAAUGCUACUUUAAAACUCAGCCUCUGUUUUAAUUUCAGAGAAAUGUUAAAAGCCCUUCUGAUAGCAGCAAUAAACAUGAAGACCUACUCUCAAAGACUUACUAUUCUGAAGGGAAUAUUCAGAGGGAAUAAGAGCCCCAGGAUGUUAUUUGGAAGCCAGUUUUACAACCCCAAAUUGUGUGGGAGUGAUUCUGAAUUGACUCUGAGUCUGAACUAGCAGAAACAUAUGUUACUAUAGACUGGCACAGAAGCCAGGUGUCUUGGUGAAAUAAAGUAGCACUAGCAGAGAAGGGGCCAUCUCUGGAUUUGCAGAUACUACGUAUGAUUUCUAGAAAGUUUCAGGAUUGUAAAUGAGGGGAAUUGGGCUAUGAAAGAUGGUUAAUACUAAACCCUAUCCUUUAGGGGUUGGAAGAUGGUAUAUUGGUUAUCAGCAGACAAGUAUGUUUUGUCAUACUAGUUCCUUUUUUUAUUGAAACCUGAAUUGUACAUAAGUUAUGAGACCUGUAGUGACCUACAUUUUUAAAACCAUGUUAGCUGUUUUCUGAAGCAGUCAAGUUGUCUUUUCAAAAUCCACAUUCAGAGUUCAGGAGUUGCAUGUUGGUUUUGUACUAGCAUUUGGUCUCUGAACAGUUCCAUGAAAAUCUUUCUUUAGGUUAAAGUGAAAACAUUUGUGUUCUCAGACCUCUGGCCAUAUUUGUGUGUUUUGUUUUAAAAUUUACUCCUAUUUAUUUAGAAAGUGCCUAUCCUAGUACGUUAGGUGCAUAUGCAAAUCAUUAGUAAAUAUUAUAUCCAAAAAAAAAAAACUUGACUGCCCUGUCUAAACCUUGCCAUUUUCUGCACCACACAAACAAGUUUACUUGAUGAACACUCUCUAUGCAGAGUAAGAAUUAAGUAGCAGCCAUGUUCUGUGGUCCUGUGGCCAUUCUUAUAGCUGAUAAACGUCUGCAUAGGUGUCUUCUCCCCAGCUGCUCCUCAUCUGUGAUGAGCUUUCUAGAAACGUCCAGUUAAUCUUGUUUAAAACAGAUGUCAAAAGCCAGCACAUAAGGUGAAAGAGAUUCUUGUGGCCUUGCACAUCUUUAUAUCUCCAGCCUUUCAUAUCAUGAAUGCUAAAUAAUGGAAGCGUUUAUUUUUUGCUACUUUGUUCAGUACAUAUUCUGUACCUGAUCUGGUUCAAUUCUAACUGAGAAGUGCACUAACAUUUUAUUUUGUCACUGUUGGUAGGGUUCUUCCUUCUUCCAUCCUAGGCCCUCCUCAUUCUAGGUGUCCUACCUCUUUUAGUCUUUUCCUGUUGCUUUUCUGACUGAAGAGGAGGCACUGCUGAAGCUGAAUUUUAGCUGUUUCCUCUUUUCCACCCCUUUACAAGUAACUUUGAAUAAGACAUCUGAGUUCCAUCAUCUCAGGGAGCAAAUGUGCAUAGUUGUCUCCUGAGCGUUGGUGUCCCUCGUGGGUCUGCCCACCUUCUUUUUGCAUUACGUGUGCUGAUAGCUACGAGCCAGAUGAUUUGUAUUCUGAUUCCGAUGCAGAAGUGACGGAGGUUACACAUAACAUAAAGUGGACUGAUGACAGGGGUGGGGUGCAUUUUGAAUUGAAUUCAAAUCCACAUGAAAGACGUUUCACUCUGUUUGUCUGGCUUCUAUCGUACUUACCAAACAUACUUACUUACAUGAAGACAGCUCUUUGAUCAUUAUCCCUUCAGUGUAUGGAGGAUUUACAUGUGUCGCUCCUGAUCUUUAUUAGGUGUCAAAUACAAAAAUCCCUCAAAUGUUCAGUAGGAGAAUAGAAACCUUUUUGAUACAACCAAAAAAAAAUUUGCUACCUUAAAUACUUAUGUAAAAAAAAAAAAAAAAAAAGAAAGAAAAAUAUUUAAACAAAGUUAUCUGCUGUAUUGACUAUCCAGGACACUGUAUGUGUAAAUAGAGCCUAUUUAUUAGUGAGCUGAAACCAACGUGAAUGAGGACCUGUCAUAUCACACAGUUUGACAAGUGAGGCUUCCUACUAAUAAUCUUGGUUUAUAUUUAACAUAAGUAUUUUUCUGAAGUAACUGGCACUGGAAAAUGAAAACACUGGAUUUUGUUUGUUGAAAUACUAGAAUCUGUGAGGUUUAGCUUUGCUUUUUAUUUAAAAAAAAAAAUAGAGGGUUUGUAUUUGAAGAAGGAUCUCGGGUUAUAAAGUAUGGGGUGCUUAAAAUGGGGCUUUGCACGUUAUAUCCAUCUUACCUUAAAUAUAAAACGUUAAGGACUCUACAGCUCUUCCUCAGUUGUCUUGUGAUGAUGUAACAGCUGAAGUUUUACUGUUAAAUAUUAUCAAUAAUUUAUCUAUUACCUGAUAUCUUUUCUUUACAGAGAUUAGUCUUUGUAAUAAUUCUUUGGUGCUGCUGAAUAUGGGCUUAAGUGAUGCAGGAUUUUAGUCUACUGUGUUAGGCAGCAAUGAUGUCAAAAGUUAUUACUAGUGCCCAAGUGUUUCAGACAGCAAUGUUGAAAUGAUUACAAAGUUACAGAUUAAGAAAUCUUUUUUAAAAGCUGCAAAUAAGUUUUCUGUAUUUAUUUUUGUUGCUUUUUUUCCCAGAUGGUUGCUCUAGAGAGUAGAAAAUGUUACACAAAAGGGGUAUUUUUUAAGUUAAUUCUUUUUUUAACUGUGGAUUUUUUUUACCACUUCUCUUUUCUUGGAAUGUAAAAAACAGUUCUGAUGGGACAUGGGGAAAAAAGUGGAUGGCAGCAAAUACACAGUGUCAGGUUGGGUUGCUUCGAUGCUAUUGCAAUAUAGUCACUACAGAUUACAUAAAAUGAUUUAUUUUAUUAGCUUCUGAACAGUGUAUAUAUAUCUCUUUGUUAAUGGCUUACAAGUCAAGCUUUCUUUGCUUUUUAAAAAAUAGUUAUAGGCAUGUUGUAUUUGCCUUGUGUAAAUUAUAAAAGGCUAUUUAUUAUUAAGUUUUCUGAAAACUAAUCUAUUUAUUAACCUGUAAUGUUUUAAAAUAAAUGAUUUAUUUCUAGCUCAACA